GAGGCGGGAGGUGCGCGGCUGCACCUUCCAGGCGCACGUCUGCACCGUCGCCAGCCAGGCUGACGUCGACCAGGUCCUUGCGGCGUUUGCCCGCGCCGAGGCGUUCAAGACCGUCUGCAGCUGGUCCUACGCGUUCCGGCUGGCCCCCACGGAGGUCUCGGAGGAGGGCGGCGAGGGCGCUGGGCGAGCGGCGCUGGAGGACGCGGAGGACGGGCUGGACGAGGGGACGGGGCAGCGGAUCCUCGGAGUCCUGCAGCGCCUUGGGGUGGAGGGGCUGAUGCUGCUCGUCAGCCGGUGGCAGGACUACGGCGCCUCGCCGGGCCUGGAGCUCCUCGGCACGGAGCUCUACAGCAUCGUGACCGAGCGGUGCAAGGACCAGACCUGAUUGCCAGCCUCCAGAGCGCCAUGGGCCUCGACCGCCUCCCGCUGCGGCGCACCCCGCCGGGGCCGCCGCCAGGGCCGAGGACGGGGGGACGUUCGACUUUGCCUCGCUGCCGCCGCUCCCGGAGCCCGUCGCGCCGCCCAAGUACGGCAAGAACCACUUCAUGUCCGACAGCAGCCUCGCGCCCGCGUGCGGCGCGGCGGCGGUGGGCCCGAAGUCCAUGGACCUGGUCGGCGGAGAUGUGCGGCUCUGGAUGUCCAACGACCAGUGCCUCCAGAAUCUGCCAGACUCCGAGCUGUGGUCUCUCCGAUCCAUGCGGCAGCCGGACC